AUGACGGGCAACACCAGUAGGUACCGGAGUCGGAUGAUUAAAUCAGAAGAUGGAGAGGGAGAGGAUAAAGAGUAUGUGGGUUUCGCCACCCUCCCCAACCAGGUCCACAGGAAGUCGGUUAAGAAGGGCUUCGACUUCACCCUCAUGGUGGCAGGGGAGUCUGGCCUGGGAAAGUCCACUCUGGUGAACAGCCUGUUUCUCACAGACCUGCACAAGGACCGGAAGCUGCUUACCGCUGAGGAGCGUAUCAGUCAGACAGUGGAGAUCACCAAGCACACGGUGGACAUUGAGGAGAAGGGGGUGAAGCUGAAGCUGACUAUAGUGGACACACCCGGAUAUGGAGACGCAGUCAACAACACUGAAUGCUGGAAGACGAUCACAGACUACAUUGACCAGCAGUUUGAGCAGUACUUCCGGGACGAGAGCGGGCUGAACAGGAAGAACAUCAUGGACAACCGCGUCCACUGUUGCCUCUACUUCAUCUCCCCUUUUGGACACGGGCUGCGUCCCGUGGACGUGCACUUCAUGCGCGCGCUACAGGAGAAGGUGAACCUGGUGCCACUGAUCGCCAAGGCCGACUGCCUGACGCCCGUGGAGAUACGCAGGAUGAAGGACAGGGUGAGGGAGGAGAUUGAGAAGUUUGGGAUCAAGGUGUACCAGUUCCCGGAGUGCGAGUCGGACGAGGAUGAGGAGUUCAAGCAGCAGGACCGGGAGCUGAAGGAGAGCACCCCGUUUGCGGUGAUCGGCAGCAACACCGUGGUGGAGGCACGAGGACAGAGGGUGCGGGGCAGACUCUACCCAUGGGGCAUCGUGGAAGUGGAGAACUCGGCCCACUGUGACUUUGUGAAGCUGCGCAACAUGCUGAUCCGGACGCACAUGCACGACCUGAAGGACAUCACCUGCGACGUGCACUACGAGAACUACAGGGCCCAGUGCAUUCAGCAGAUGACCAGUAAGAUGACGGCGGAUAACCGUGUGGAGAGCCCCAUCCCCAUCCUGCCGUGCAUAUCCACCCCUGACGUGGAGACCGAGAAGCUCAUCAAGAUGAAGGACGAGGAGCUGCGGAGGAUGCAGGAGAUGCUCCAGAAGAUGCAACAACAGAUGCACGAGCAGGACCUGUGA